AUGUCUAAAGUACAAAGAUCUCCACCCGGAAACAAAGUGCACCAUGUCUCGUCUGAAAAUGAUAUUACUAGACUUGAUCCCGAAAAUACCUUAAUUGGAAGAAGGCAAAAGAGGCUUCGUACCGAUGUUCACUCCUCCGAGGAGAAAUCUUUGAAAGAAGAACUACUUGCUAUGCUUACUACUUGGAAAAAGGAUCAAGAUACGACAUUCCAAGCUAUGAGAACUGAAAUUGCUGAGUUGAAACAACAGUUAACUGGAAUACAAAACCAAAAUAUAGAAUUAGAAAAGUCUAUCAAUUUUUUGUCACAACAGUAUGAAGAUAUCAAAGAAAAACUCUCUUGUAUGGAUAAAGAAAGGCGUGAACAAUUGCUACACAUUUCUACUUUAGAUAAUAGAAUUGAUGAUAUGCAAAAAAAGGCGAAGUUCACAGUUUUGGAGUUUCGUAACUUACCUCAAGCACAACAAAUAAAGUCUGAGACACAACAAGAUUUAUUUGAUAUUGUUCAAAGAAUGAGUAAUGCAUUAAAUAUCGAAUUACAAAAAUAUGACAUAAAGGAUAUCUUUCGAAUUAAGGGAAAAUCUGGUAAUUCAACAAUUAUUGCAGACUUUACAUCCGUGUUAACUAGAAAUAACAUUCUAAGUGCAGUGAAACAGUAUAACAAAGAUAACUCACAAAAAUUAACCUCCUCGUCUAUAGGACUACCUGGUCCAAGCUCACCAAUAUUUGUAUCUGAGAGUUUAACAGACAAAGACAGAAGGCUAUUUGCUGUAGCGCGUAACAAAAGUAAAGAAUUAGGUUUCAAAUUCUGUUGGACUAAUAAGGGAAGAAUUUUUGUGCGUAAAUCUGAAGGUAACCCUCGCUAUGAAAUUAAAACGGACUCUGAUUUGUUAAAGUUAAAGUCAACCUGA